AUGGUCCAGACCAGCAAGAGACAGCGGCAGCGCUAUGUCACCAAGGUGGGCAAGUGCCAGGUGAGCCUGGGCAACAUCCAGGAGAAGAAGCGGUUCCUCUCAGACAUCUUCACCACCAUCGUAGACCUCAAGUACCGCUGGUUCCUCUUCGUCUUCAUGAUGUGCUACAUCAUCACCUGGGUGGUCUUCGGCAGCAUCUACUUUUUUGAUGCCUGGGUGCGGGAUGACAUCAGGCACCAGGGUGAUCCCAAGUGGCAGCCAUGCAUCGAGAACGUGGACAGCUUCAUCUCCGCCUUGCUCUUCUCUGUGGAAAGCCAGCGGACCAUCGGCUACGGCUUCCGGAUGGUGACAGCCAACUGUGCUGAGGGUGUCAUCCUGCUGAUGGCACAGUCCAUCAUUGGCUCCAUGAUUGAUGCCCUGAUGGUGGGCUGCAUGUUUGUCAAGAUCUCCCGGCCCAAAAAGCGUGCCCAGACCCUCAUGUUCAGCAAGAACUGUGUCAUCUCCCGCCGGGAUGAGAAGCUCUGCCUGAUGUUCCGUGUGGGGGACCUGCGGGACAGCCACAUGGUGGAUGCCAAGAUCCGGGCCAAGCUGAUCAAGUCCCGGCAGACUUCUGAGGGGGAGUUCAUCCCCCUGGAACAGUCAGAGCUGAACUUGGGCUAUGAUACAGGGGAGGACCGCCUAUUCCUGGUGGAGCCCCAGAUCAUCUGCCACGUCAUCAACCACCACAGCCCCUUCUGGGACUUGUCAGCCGAGUCGCUGCGCCGGGAGCAGUUUGAAAUCAUCAUCAUCCUCGAGGGCAUUGUGGAAGCCACAGGAAUGACGUGCCAAGCCCGCACCUCGUACACUGAGGAUGAGAUCCUGUGGGGAUACCGCUUUGAACCUUGCAUGUCGCUCGAGAAAGGCGCCUUCCGGGUGGACUACAGCCGCUUCGACAUGACUUUUGAGGUGCAGACACCGGCGGCCAGCGCCAAGGAACUGCACGAGCUGAAGGAGCUGGAGCAGCAGGAGCACUCCACGCUCAGCCUCUACUGGGACCACCUCCUGCAGCCCUGCGCCCUGCCGGGGACCAGGCCUGGUGAGGAGGCUUCCGUCAGCCAAGAUGACUCUGACAACAGCGUCUCGGAGAGCCUGGACGAGUGCGACUACUCGGUGGCGGAGAUCAGCCGCUCCUUCCGCUCGCAGAGGGAGCUGUGCGAGCAGCUCAACAUCAACCACAUGAUCCAGAGGAUCUUCCUCAUCACCUUGGACAACAGUGAUCCCAGCAUGAAGAGUGGGAAUGGGAUCCCAGCACGCUGCGUCUACCUGGAGGAAAUGGCCACAGACUUAGAGGACCAGGACUGGCUGGACAUGGAGAACGUGGAGCAGGCCCUGUUUGCCCGCCUGCUGCUGCAGGAGCCGGGAAACCACCUGAUCCACAUGACCUCCUCCAGCACACAGAACCUCUCUGCCGACCGGGACGCUGGGGAGAGGCAGAUCCUGCGCUACCUCUAUGCCUGUGACCUGGCUGAGCUCUGA